UUAUUAUUGCACCCGUAUUGUAAAGUGUUAUCGUUUUUUACUAUAUGAUGAAGUGUAGACACAUUAACUACUGUAGGUCCGGCUCACACACACACAAACACAGAAGGACUUUGAACAACAAGCACUAACUGCGAAAGACAUGAUGGCAUCAGCAUAUAAAGAACUCAGGAUCAUUCUUCUGGGUAAAACUGGAUCAGGAAAGAGUUCAACGGGAAACACCAUCCUGGGUCAAGAGUGUUUUCAGAAGAAACGUUCACCAGGGUCAGUCACUAAAACCUGUGAGAGAGGAACAGUAGAAGAGGAUGAUCAGACCAUCUCAGUCAUCGACACUCCAGGCCUGUUUGAUACAACAAUGACAGAACAGCAUCUGAAGGCUGAGAUUGUGAAGUGUGUGGAGAUGUCUGUUCCUGGUCCUCAUGUGUUUCUGCUGGUCAUCAGACUGGACGUGCCAUUCACAGAUGAAGAGAAAAACACAGUCAAAUGGAUUCAGGAGAACUUCGGAGAAGAAGCUGCACAUUACACCAUCAUUCUGUUCACUCACGCUGAUUCACUGGAUCAACAAUUAGAGGACUAUAUCAGCGAAAGUAAUGAUCUCAAGGCUGUUGUUAAUGAGUGUGGGGACAGGAUUCACUCCUUCAAUAAUAAUGAAACUGAGAACCGCUCUCAGGUCACCAAACUACUGGAGGAGAUUGAGAAGAUGGUGGAGAAGAAUGGAGGACAACACUACACCAAUGACAUGUAUAAAGAAGCCCAGAAAAAAAUUGAAUGGGAGUCUCGGAAACAAAAACUGAUAGAAAUAGGAACAACAAUAUUAACAGUAGGAGGGGGAGUAGUAGCAGUAGCAGGAGGACCAGGACGAGCACGAGCAGUAGCAACAGUAGGAACAGUAGCUUUAGCAGCAGCAAAAGCAGUCAUGAAACUAUAGGGCACAGUACCAUUAAAGCUCUGUUUGGAUUUGUAAUAAUAUUACUUAUACAGUACUCUAAUUAAAUUACAAAAUAUUCUACGAGUAGAUGUGCACAGUAAACAGUAAACAUGCUGUUGUUCCUCUAAGAAGAUAUUUCUGCUUGAUUCUACCAAAAAUUUCUAAUUUAGUUGUUGUAACCAAAUUCAAUCAGGUUCAAUCAAAUUCAAAACAAGAGAAGGCUGUUAUUACACUCACUCAAUAUGCAUUUUCCAUUAAAGCUCUGCUUGGAUACAUUUGACAUAUGUGUGCCUUCUGGGCAAUUAAUUUUUAUUUUAAUUAUAAAAAUUGUGAUUUAUUUAGUACUUCACUAUAUAUAUAUAUUAGUCAUUAUGAGGAACAAUCCUGUUCAAUCUAACUUGAAACUUAAUUAAGGUGUGUGUAUUUCUGUCUCCAAAUAAAUAAGAGAAACAUAUG